CAACGUCUGUGGUGUAGCGGGUUAGGCGCUUCGCUGUCAUACACAUAAGACCCGAGUUCGGUUCUCGAAUGGGGAGAAAUGUUUAUUGAGUGCAUGUAUUUUGGUCUUUCUGCCGGUCGACCCUCACAAGAAUGUUCAAAAGCCUGCCUCCUAAAUAAUUAAAAAUCAUAUUGAAGGGGGCGUAGACACACUCAUAUUGAAAAACCCAAAAACAAAACAAAACUAGAGAGUCUAGAUCUAUACAAAAUUUAGCAAAAGUUUUCCCUGUGCAUUGCGAACCUACAAAGAAGGCCUCAUUGUUGUCCGUAAACUCAUCCCAAUAUUCAAAGCCUUAAGCCCUUUCCAACCUGGGUGGAAUUGUUUUUAAAACCCUUUCAAAUAGUAAAGUCGUGAAAGGCUCAAUUUUACAGGACAAAAGCGUUUAAAAUUGUCACCUGAAAAUCCUUUGCAAACAACGUACAUAGAUAGACACAUUUAAAACGUCAGCCCGGCUUACGCCGUCCGAAAUUACUUUUGUCGCCCUAAGGUUCAGUCAGAGCCCUUUGGCGGUGUAGUCAAAGGUCAAAGUUCGGAACGGGUAUCUUUCAUAUUAUACGACAAAGUUGGAGAGGGUUUCAUUAUCAGUUCUGCUCUACUGGAGGAGGGGGUAGAUGUGCAUAGAUAUAUGGUGUUGUUGAAAUUGUGAAUUCUUCAAAUUUGGGAAAGUGUUGUGCUGAGGAUACGCCUGCUGGACAGAAUGUUCCCGUCACUUGGAAGGUCCAGUUUGAAGUCCAGUGUGCUCGCUGUGCUGUGCGCGCUCGCUGUGUUGUGCAUGUUGACUGGUCACUCACUCGCACAAGGGCAGCCUCACGUGAUCGUGAACGGAAGUGACGUCUAUGGAGUUGUUAGACAGUGGGAGGGUCAAAGUUACCACGCCUUUCUUGGCAUAAGGUAUGGACAACCUCCACUGGGAAAACUGCGAUUUGCCCGGUCAGAUUUGAACCCGUUACCCCCCGUGGUGAAUGCCAGUAGGCGGGGUGCCCGCUGUCACCCCGUGAUCCCUGAUCAACACGCAGAUGAGGAUUGUUUAUUUCUCAACGUUUUUACCCCGGCAAACAGGACGGCUCGUGACUCAAGAGCUGUCCUAUUCUACAUCCACGGAGGAGGAAACAUUCUGGGAAAUGCUGACGGUGGGGACGCCAUCCCUCUGGUGCUUGGCGGUGACGUCAUUGUGGUCACUGUCCACUAUCGGUUAGGACCCCUGGGGUUCCUCAGCACGAUGACGUCAGACGCUCCUGGCAACAUGGGAUUCUGGGAUCAAAAUCUGGCUCUUACGUGGCUCUCUAGAAACAUCGUGUCGUUUGGCGGAGACCCGCGUCGAGUGACCGUGAUGGGCGAGUCAGCCGGCGGGAAAGCUACGUCACUCCACACAGUGUCACCACACAGCAGACAGCUCUUUGCCCGGGCAGUCAUGGACAGUGGAUCUAUCUACGGGCCCUCCCUGUACCCCUGGGACCCACUGGAGGCGGGGAGGAGACUGGCCACCCGUAUGAACUGUCCGACAGAUCGAAUGGAUCGAAUGGUGGAGUGUCUUCGACAGCGUCCGGCUGGUCAGUUGUCUACUGAGGCUUACGUCAUGUGGCCUGACAUGGACACUCGUCUCGUCCUUGACCUUGGCUGGGGAGCCGUGGUGGACGACGAUUUUCUUCCUCGGAACGUCGAUCAACGGGACACUUUUCAUGGGGAAGUAAUCGUGAGCGUGAACAACAACGAGGGUUCUCUCCUGGCCGGCUGGAGACUGGACCUGUUGGAAUCCGUGAUACCUGGCGCCUGGGACCGGCUCAGCCAGUGUGACCAGUACAGUCGCCACAUGGUCAACCAGUCCUUGUUCCAAUAUUUCCGUAGUGUCCCCCCUGAGAGUGCUAUCGAGGCAACCACAGAGCGGUACAUCAACUGUACAGAUGACGGGCACAUCGAUAUUGUAGGAGCCAUGAAUUUGUACGCUGAUCAGCAAUACCUAGCCCCAGCCCUCAGAUACCUACAGAACCACAUCGCUCAGGGCCCGGCCUACUUCUACUACUUCGACCACGAUGUGCCAGAACACUGGGGCGACAAUCCUAUAUUCAGGGGCGCCAACCACGCUGAAGACCGGAGGUACCUGAUGGGCUGGACGGGACCAAUGACCCUUGACCCCGCCACGGCCCACCGGGAGGAAGCUCUGUCCGGUGUCAUGAUGACGUACCUGGCCAAUUUCAUGAAAACUGGCAACCCCAACACGCCAUCUCCUGUACCCGUGACCUUCCCCCCUUACGAUCAGGAGAAAAAUUCAACAUAUCUACACAUGAACUCUGACCUCCUGGACCCGACACGAGCGGCUUCUCUGGUGGACUCGGAGUUUUUGCCCGGCCGGAUGGGGCUUUGGCUGGAGGAGUUACCUGCCCUGAUGGCUCCAGAACGUCAUGACCCAAAUAACAACAACGGUGAUAAGCUACGUCUUGGAAUAAGCAUGGGUCUGGCUGGACUGGUGAUGGCGCUUGUGUCGUGUCUGUUUGCGGUUCGAAGAGAUCGGUGAUUUUGCUUUCUUUAGCGACAUUAAAAAACAGUAACUUUUGUCCGAACUGAAGUAAAGUUAGAGGAGAUCGGUGAUAUUGAAUUCUUUAUCGACUUUUAGAAAUAAAAACUUUUCUCUGAACUCUUGAAAAGUUAGAGGAGAUCGGUGAUAUUGCAUUAUUUAUCAGCUUUUAGGAAAAUAACUUUUGUCUGACCUCUAGCAAAGUUAGAAAAGAUCAGUUAUAUCAACUUUUAGACAAACAACUUUUCUCUUAACUCUAGUAAAGUUAGAAGAGAUCAAUGAUAUUGCAUUCUUUAUCAACUUUUAGGAAGUCAAUCUUCGUCUGACCUCUAGAUCUAGUAAAGUUAGAAGACGCUUAUGGCACUGCAUUUUUUAUCUACUUUUAGGUAAACAACAUUUUCUGUGUUCUCUAAAAAAGUAUGACAUAAAGGGAAAGGCAGUUCUCGGGAUUAUAAAACUGAUAAAGUGUUGGGGAUAAACAGAAUAUACAUGUCAUCGCAAGCAUUCAACUCUGUAGUACAUAUUAUAAUAUGUCACAAAUUCGACAAAAUGAAACUCUAAUAUAUUGUAGAGUUUGAGGAGGGGCUUCGAUUGGAUUUAGUCUCAUUCUACUUAAAAUGAGAACAGAUUUGGGUGAAUCAAACAUUUUAUAUUGAGACAGUUUUUUACUUCUCCUGAAAACCUCGUAUUCUGACAUGCGACAAUGACGUUAGGCGGUUAGAACAUUCCAGAACCUCUCUCGACAAGUGAAAUCUACGAAGAAGAAACGUUAUUAUAAUCUAUUACGUAUUUUAUGUUUUCUUCUCCGCAUUUGCAUAAACCUCUCCCACGCUCUAAUAAACACUUCCUACACGACUUGGAGUUGCGGGGGGG